ACAAUAAAAAUAACAACUACUUUCUUUAACAUACAUUCCUUACAAACCUACAUUCCACACACUCAUUAACACAACAUGAAUUACAUUCUUUCAUUUAUAUUUUUCAUUCAGCUUAUAACUGCAAUUCCACUUCCACAACCACCUGUGGUUGUUGUGACACAUUAUAGUACAGCACCAACUUUAUACAAAACUAAAACUUAUAUUACUGGAACCACUACAGUUUAUUUACCUCCUGUCGGUAUCAUAAUAGAUGGUGAUAAUACUAUUACUUCUACAUUAACUGAAGCACAAUGGAAUACUUAUCCUUAUACCUUUACUUCUGUCGUCCAAAGAGAUCAAGUUGAUCCUACUCCUACCCCAUCUCCUGCCCCUGCUCCUGCUCCUGAACCAACUACUACUACUACCCCCACUCCUCCUGCUCCUGCAGCCGAAUCCAGUUCAUCUGAUCCUGCUCCAAAAACUACUUCGGCCUCAACUGAUCCUGUUGCUCAACCAACUCUGAGUUCUGCUGACCCUGCACCUCAAGCUACUCUGUCUACAAUUGAUCCACCAGCUUCAUCAUCAAGUUCAUCUGCUGCAACUCCAGAAUCUAGCUCUGCUGUUACUCCAGAAUCUAGUUCUGCUGUUACUCCCGAAUCUAGUUCUGCUGCUUCUAUUCCAUCCUUAAGUUCUGCCGCUCCUAGUUCGUCAUCAAGCUCAGCACAUUCUGUACCAGAAUCAUCUGCCAGUUCCACCAGCCAGGCUCCAUCAAGUUCUUCCUCUUCAAGUACCACUGACCCAGCCUCACCAAGUACUACCUCCUCGAGUGGCACUAACCCAGCACCAGCUCCAUCUGGAACUUCUUUAACUGAUGAUAUUGCACCACCAACUGGUAUUGUUUACUCCCCAUAUGCUAAUGAUGGAGGAUGUAAAUCUUCUGAUCAAAUUGUUGCCGAAAUGAAACAAAUUGCCAAUAAAGGGAUCAAAAAUAUUAGAUCAUAUGGUACUGAUUGUCAUUCAAUUGACGUAAUGCUUCCUACAGCUAUUGAAUUGGGUAUGCUGGUUAACCAAGGUGUCUGGAUUUCCCAAGAUGGAGUUGAUUCAAUUGAUUCUCAAGUUCAACAACUUAUUGAUUAUGGUUCUCAAAACGGAUGGGGUGUAUUUCAAUUCAUUACCAUCGGAAAUGAAGCCAUUAAUUCCAAUUUCUGUACUGUUGACCAGUUAAUUAGUAAGAUUUCAAGUGUUAAAUCACAAUUAAGAAAGGCUGGAUACAAUGGACAAGUCACCACUGCUGAACCACCAAUUCAAUUUAUUCAAAAUCCACAAUUAUGUACUGAUUCUGACAUUGACAUUGUAUCAAUUAACCCACACUCAUACUUCAAUGAAAAUAUCGCCCCUGCUGAUGCUGGUGCUUAUAUUAUGGAACAAAAGGGUCAAGUUGUUGAUAUCUGUUCCGGAAAGCCUGUCGAUAUUACUGAAACUGGAUAUCCUUCUCAAGGUAUGACCAAUGGUGUAAACGUACCAACUCCUCAAAACCAAGAUAUUGCUAUUAAAUCCAUCAUUUCUGCCACUGGCGGUGACUGUACUAUUUUAACCGCAUUCGAUGAUUUCUGGAAGGAACCUGGACCAUAUGGCAUUGAACAAUCAUUUGGUGUAUUACAAUUAUUCCAAUAAAAAAAAACUAACUUUCAAAAUAAUUAGACAUCCUUCAUUUCUCGUAUAGUUAAUUUUUUUUUCUUUUAUAGUUUUAUAGUUUUAAUGAUAUUUAUGGUUUC